AUGAGUGUAAAUAGAGCUAAGAAUUUGGGGCUUCCAUUGAUGAAUCUCGUUAGACUUAAAGGAGCACCGAUUUUGGAGCAACUGCAUUUGGAAGAAAGGCUUCUUAGAACAUCAUCGGAUAAUUGGUGCAUCGUUAAUGAUGGAACCAAUGUCCCUACUAUUGUCAUGGGAAUGUCAGGGAAGCCUUCUCAACUUCUUGAGCUUGGACCUGUUAUACAGGAUCGAAUACCGGUAAUCAAAAGAUUCACGGGACGAGGAACGGUGAUUGUGGACAAGAGUACAAUGUUUGUGAGUUUGAUUUGCAACAAGGAUGAUGUUCCAAAUGUCCAGCCUUAUCCUCGUUCUGUCAUGGCGUGGAGUGGUUCUUUGUAUGGUGAAGUGUUUAAGGAUUAUGUUUUUGGUGACCGUAAAUUUGGUGGAAAUGCUCAAUCGAUAAUUAGAAAUAGAUGGAUACACCAUACAUCAUUUCUAUGGGACUACAAUGUGAGAAACAUGGCUUACCUUAAGUUGCCUUCGAGGGUGCCACAGUACCGAUUGGAAAGAGAUCACACAGAUUUCGUGUGUAGAAUGAAGGACUACAUUGAAAGAUCAGAUUUUGUUGAGAAGACAGUAAAAGCUGUGGGAAACCAAUUUACAUUGAAGCAAGUGAACCUUGAGGAUAUUGAUUCCUACGCAAAAGGAGAACAUUUGAAGAGCACGAGGCUCCUUACACUGAAGGAACUUGAAGAAGCAAUGGCAGGCACAACCCAUAACGCAUGA